GAAGUAAAGGCCGGAAUGCCGGAUUGCAGUUGCACACUCCUACCUCGUAGCAACCCAUCCAAAUGGGCGGACACAAGAGGAGGAUGGAGCGCUAUGGCUACUUAGGAAAGGAUUGAUCGCCGGGAGAGAGAGAAGCCAAGCGCGCGCUGCACACGGCGCGGGGUGGCACGGCGAGCAAGCAGGGGCCGGCCGGGUCCUGGGUUUGUGUUGUGUCCUUGAGCUGGGGGAAGGUGCAUGAUAAUGCUUCACACAGUGAAAUUUAUCCAUGAGGGAUGACUGAAAUGGAGGAUUCCUUGAGAUCCUGCACGGAGCAGCUACUCCGUGUUAGAGAAGAGAGAGAGCGUUUUAUCAUUGAAGCUGAUCAUAAGAUCUCUUUGGAGCAGAAGAAAGUAUGGAGUUUGCAGCAGAAGUUAGAAGAUGCAAAUAAGCGGUUUGCAAAAGUCAGCACUGAAAACUACAAUCUUCGCAACACUCUCAACUCCAAGGAUAAGGCGAUCAUUGAGCUGAGCGAGUCUGAAUCACUGUUGAACCAAAAGUUAACUGAUGCCACAGUCAGACUUGAAUUCACAAACAAACAAUGUGCCUCUCUUCAGUAUGAGGUGCGCAUGCUUCAGAAGGAGCUCGAAAUUCGGAACAAAGAGCGGGAGUAUGACCUCAAAUCAAUUGAUGCUGCCCAGAAGCAUCAGCAGGAAAGCUCCAAGAAGAUUAUUGCAUUGAAAGCUGAAUGCCACAGGCUGCGGACCAUGGUCCAGAAGCGUCUACCUGGGCCUGCAGCUUUGGCGAAAAUGAAAGAUGAGGUUGAGCGAAGGGCCGGCAGUUGUGUUGAGAACGGAAGGAGAAAGCCACGUACACCUGCACAGCCAUCACCGCUGGUAGUUACUCCGAGGCAACCUGUUUCUGAAGGUUACCUCGUCAAGAUGCAGGAAUUGGAUGAUGAAAACAGACAUCUCAGGCAGUUGUUAGCCAAGAAGGAGAAUGACCUCCAGUUUGUGCAAUUGCAGUAUGCAGACGAGGCAUCCAAGCUGUCAGUAGUUCAAAGGCAGCACAAGGAGUUGGCUGGUAGCCAUGAAGGGGAUGAGGACAAUCGUCCUGAACCAUGGGAAAAUAAUUCUUUAGUUCCCAAAGGAGAGCAUUUUAGAGUUGGGAAGCAACAUGCAUCUCACAGUCGAGGAAGAAGAAUAGCAGGAUCUGACAUGCAGUUGCUUGUUGAUCUAUCAGAGAUCGAGAAGCUUGAAAUGACUUCAAGGCCUUCAAGUGCGCCACAUCAGUGCGUGCCAGAUGCUUCUGAUACAGAUUCCAAAAUAGCCCUGACAGAAACAGUUUGCCAAGCUCGAAUCCUUGAAGAUGGUCUAUCUGACAACUAUCCUGAGUGGAUUCAAGAUGUUUUGGAACUUAUCAUAAAGAAGCAUCAAGUCCUUAAAAUAAACAUCAACAUCAUUCUUGAUGAAAUAAGAUCUGCAUUGAGUGAGAUUUCAGACAAAGGAAAUGGUACUGCAAAUUUGACAUAUGACCAGGCUGUAAUAGACAGCAUGGUGGCUACUCUAGUUGAAAGGGUUAGUUGUAUGAUUGAAAGAUCUACUGGAAACAAUGUUGUAAGUUUUCAAUCGUUUUUGCAUGCGAAAUCUGAACUCACUUGUCAUCUUGAGCACCUGAUCCAUGUAUGCAGUGCUGUACUGGAUGGAAAGGCCAAUCUCCAGAAGUUCAUUAAUGAAGUUUGCUUAACCCUCGAGUGGACAGUGAACCAAUACCUAUAUUGUGUUGAUGAGAUCGGACCUGUGGAUUGCAUCACGAAUGAUUUCGAUGGAAAUAUAUCUGUGAGGUCAUUAAAAAUGCAGGAAAAACAACUAACGAAAAAUGUAAAGUCGAAAGUGGUUGUAGGAAGUCAACAGGAGGUUCAAAUCCCUGUUGACCUCAUGGAAAAUCAUUCACAGGUUCAUGGUCAUAAGUUUCAAGAAAAACAGUCAGUAUAUUAUGGUGAAAGUGCUACUGCUGAUGGGACCUUAGAAGAAGAGGGGAAACAAAUAACAAGUUCGGCGAUAUCCGCAGCUGCUGAGAAACUUGCAGAGUGCCAAGAGACAAUCACAAGCCUAAGCAAGAAACUGCAGGCGCUAAAACGCCCAGCAAACGCAGAUCGUGUAGACAAAGAAAAGUCCUAUAUGCAUCUGUUAGUUGCAAAUCUUCCUUGUGAGGAGGAUCCCAAGAAAGAUAAUUUCACUUCUCCCCUACCAGAAGAAGUGGCAUGCAAGAAAGAGCAUAAUGGUCCUAUUGCAACUGAGAAGCUCCCUGUUGGCACGGGCCAUAAAGCUGAAAGCAAUGGUUCAACACAAGUCGUUCUUCGCCCUGUGAUCCCCAAGUCACCACUAACAACUGUUUCUGUUGAUAUGAAGAAGAGGAAGAAGAAGAAGCAGAGUGGCAACUUGCUGAGUAGACUCAUCUUCAGAAAGAAGGCAUAAAUCAGUUCCUUGGCUACUAAAAUCUACAAUGCUCCCCUGAUUUUAAGUUAUUAGCAUUAGCAUACCAAGUAGUGGUGGGAGCUUGUUCUUCAAAGUUAUUUCCGUUUCCAAUAAGAGGGGACAAUACUGCGUAGCUAAGAUGUUAUUUAUAGGUGCUGUCAUAUGCGUUGCGAUGUGAUCAACAAACAAAACUUGUAAAAUCCUGUUCCAGACAUAUAUGUUUAUAAUCUUAUGAUCGAUAAAUGUAUUAUGGCACGGGCACUAGAGGUGAUCUGUGUUGUACUGA